ACCUCCAGCCAGGGUGAAAGACAGGCUAAGCUGUAUUCAUUAGGUAAGAUUCAUGAUGUAAGGGCCAGAGAAGGGGAUGGGGACAUUUGAGCUGGGCUUCAAAAGGUGCAGAGGAGUUGGCCUCUUGAAGAUCGAAGCUUUCUGCAUGUUUCCUGCAGGAAACUGGCAGCACAUAGCCCCAAGACUGCGUGUGACCGCCUUCAGCCAAGCCAUGUGUGACAGAAGCCCCCCUGGCCUACUGUCCCCAGCGCUGCCUCUCGCCUCCUCAGUCCUGAUGCUGCUAAUGAGCAGUCUGUGGCUGGUAGGAGCAGGCCCCAGCCUUGCUCUGGCUCCGGAGCUGCUGUUGGACCCCUGGCAGGCACACCGGCUGCUGACCCAUGCUGUGGGCCACACGGCCCUACCCAGCCUUCUCUUGAGUCUGUUGCUCCUGCCCACGCUGGGCUGGCAGCAGGAGUGCCACCUGGGCACGCUGCGGUUCCUGCAUGCCUCCGCCCUGCUGGCCCUGGCUGCCGGGCUGCUGGCUGUGCUGCUGGCAGGCCUCGGGGUGUCCAGUGCAGCGGGUGGCUGCGGGUACAUGCCUGUCCAUCUGGCCAUGAUGGCGGGGCAGGGUUACCACCCUAGAUGGCCCCGUGGGGCCCUGCCACCAUGGCUGUCGCCAUGGCUACUGCUCAUCCUGACACCGCUGCUCACCUCCGAGCCACCCUUCCUGCAUCUCCUCUGUGGCCUCCUUGCAGGUCUGGCCCACGCAGCCGGGGCCUUCCGAUGGCUGGAGCUCUCUGAGCAGCGGCUGCAGGUGCUGCAGGGUGGCUUCCUGUGCAGGGUCCUGGCGGAGUGCUGGCCGCUCAGGCUCUUUCCCACCCCAGGCAGUGGGGCUGAGCUGCCCCUCACGCAUCCUGGAGUGAGGUUUUCCACCCAUGGACCUCCUCACAUGGCCUCCUCUAGUCUUUGGUCCCACAGCGAAGACUCAGCCUUAUUUCCACCAGGCCUGGGGCCUGUGCAGCCGGCCUGGAAUGGCUCCGCAGAGGCUGGCCUGCCCGGGCCUGGGCCCGGCUUCCCCACAGGGACCCCACUGUGGGCAGCCCUAGAUGAGCAGAUGCUGCAGGAGGGAAUCCAGGCCUCGCUCCUUGAGGGGCGAGCCUCCGUUCCCAUGAGCACACUGUGGCUGCCUAAGUCCUCUGUCUCCUCUUUGCGGCUGCAGCAGCUGGAGCGCAUGGGCUUCCCCACGGAGCAGGCAGCGGUGGCACUAGCAGCCACAGGGCGCGUCGAGGGCGCUGUUUCACUGCUGGUCGGUGGGGAGACUUAAUCUGGUUCUGUGCUGAAGAUACCUUAACUCCAGCAGAGCACGAGGACAGUGAAUCGCUAUUUCAGCCCUGACACCGCUGGGAGCCUCUCUUGAUGCCCUUUACUCAGUAUGGAGUGAGUGAUGGGAUGAUGUGUGACAUGAUUUGCUAUAAUUACAAUCCAACCUUUUAAAGUAGCCACUCCCUCCAAAAUACCUAACAACUGAGAGGUCUGCCAAUACAUUCGUGAGCCCACUGUGGUCUUGCUGUGACUGUCUAUUAUGAUCCAGGUGUCCUGUCCACAUCGCACGGAUUGAGCUACCCUUAGGCCACUGACUGGUCAUUGCAGCCGGGGGACAGUCACCACAGGCUGUACACCACAGUAAUCCCUCUUCAAGUAUUACAGGAGGAGGAGCUAAACAUGAAUGGCUUUCAGAAGUUACGUUAAGCCACUCCCGGCGUGGAUAGUGGGACAAGCUGACAUCAUGAACCCCCUGAAGAGAUGCAGUAAGAGGGCACCACAUCCCCCCAAGUGCUCCUGCUAAGAGGACUUAACCUGCAUCUCAUCGCCAGGAAACAGACAAAUCUAGAUGAUGGGACGUUCACAAAAAGACAAAAUCAAGGGAAAGAAAAAAGGGCAGGAGGCCUAUUUUAGAUUAAAAGAGGCUGGAGACGUGACAACCAAAUGUGAUGUAUAAAUCUUGAUUAGAAGUUAAAAAAAAAAAACAGCUAUAAAGGGCACUUUGAGACCACGGAUAAAAUUUGUAUAUGCUAAGCAUUAAAUGGCAUCAUUUGACUGAAUUAAUGUCAGCUUGCUUUAGGUAUGAUAGUGGUAUUGUGGCUAUUUGGGAGAAUGUCCAAGUCUUUCGAGAUACAUGCUGACGUGUUAGGGGGAGGAAUGGAUGAAGUCUGAAACUUAUCUUCAAAUGGAUUAGGGAAAAAAGGUCUGUAAAUAUAUAAAGAGAAGACAGAGCAAAGUGGUAAAACAGUCAUUGGCUAGCCUAGAGAAAGGGAAGAAUAAUAUUCAUUGUACCAACACUUC